AACCUAAAUGGACAUGUAAUAUGUAAUGAUGACUAAUGUGGAGGAAGGAAUGGAAAGGCAUUGUAAUCUUAAAACCAUAUGAUCCAAACUCGGGACAUCAAAUCUUGGCUCAGACGUAGCUUUUGGCUUCGUUCCACUGUUGAACUUGAAAGCAAAUGGAAGAAGGGUAAGUAAGAGAGGGAUUUUUGUGAGUGAUAGGAACUUUCUACUUUCAGUUUCUUUCGUGGUUCGAUUUGUUCAUCAAUGAACUAUGAGGUUAGGAUUUCGCAAGUUUCUUUGAGGAAUUUCAUCAAACAGGUUCAAGAUCUGAAGUAAAUUACCUUUGGCGGAAUCAUUUCCUGGUGUUGUUUUGAGGUAGUGAGCAGCUCCUAUAGUCAUGGCAUCCGAUCACCACCCUCACCGUCUCCACCGCCUCCUCCUUGGCGUCGAUGCGACGGCGCCGCAGUCCAAUGGAACCAGAACCAAAAAUUCGUACAGCAACGAAGCGAAUUUCGACACGAACAUGGUGAUAAUCCUUGCCGCGUUACUCUGCGCCUUGAUUUGCGCUCUCGGAUUGAACUCAAUCGUUCGAUGUGCCCUCCGCUGUACUCGGCGGUUCACCUUCGAGAACGGUGGCGGCUCCGCCACGCGCCUCACUGCCAGAGGGCUGAAGAAAAGCGCAUUACGCCAAAUUCCUGUCGCUGUUUACGGGUCGGAGUCGGGUAAAGGGAUCCGAGAAACGGAUUGCCCUAUCUGCCUUGGGGAUUUCAUCGUCGGUGAGAAAAUCAAAGUUCUCCCAAAAUGUAACCAUGAAUUUCACGUUCGAUGUAUCGACACCUGGUUGGUUUCCCACACGUCGUGUCCGACAUGUCGUCAAUCGCUUCUCGAACAACAGACAAAUCCCCAACCUGCGGAACCGGAAGUCGGAAACGGACCCGCCGGCAAUUCAUCGGCCGGCGGCCAAGUUAAAACUAUACAGAUUUACCUCGAUCUACUUUCCAUCAAAUUAAUCUCAGUUUCCAACAAGCUCCAUCUCUGCUGAUGAGUCAGCAUUGUUAUGCUGACGUGGAUACAAAACUGAUUUGAUUGGACGCGAUUCACCGAAGGCUGAGGCCAGCCUGCGUGGACACACUGGAGGUCCAUUCAUAUUCCUCAUGCUACCACGUGCCAGUAAUCGCUGAUGAAUCAACGGCUACGAUCAAAAGUCUUAGUACAUUGCCCUUUUUUUGUCCUUUUAAUUUACCUUAUUUUCGCGUGUAAAACUCGUGGAAAUCGCCCCUACUCCACGUUCUCUUUGCCGGACCUCGUGGCAGUUCCCGAUCGAAACACGCCACAAAUUCCCUACACACAUUCCUACUUCAAGCUUCAAAAUCCCUCGGAUACCCAUUCGACACCACGACAAGUAGGGACAAUGUCGUAAUUUCAAUUACAAGAAAAUUGAUUAGUAAUGGAAGAUGAUGGCGGUUGCAUGGAAAUAAAAUGAGACGAUUUACAGAGAAGCAAACAAAGGUGGAAUUCCGAGUGUGAAGGAAGACUGGACGCUGACGGGUUUAUAAUCAAAAUGGAGAAAAUAAUAUAUUUAUUAUUAAAAAAAAUUGACGAUUUAAAUGUCAUGAAAAUUUCAGCUGGUCUGAUCGUUUUAGGAAACUGAUUCAAUCGCUUCUGUUUAUCCAGUCUCGUUUCCUCCAUCAUCAAACGUCUGCUUCAACCAGAAUCGUUUUCAAUCCGAAACCAAUUUCAAGAAGAAGGGAGGGCCGUCGUCUUCCCCAUCGGCUAAUUCCUCUGUUUCUGUUUUUUUGUCUCUUGGUUGCAGUUUGCGAUAGCCAAUGGUUUCGUUAGCAAUUCAAUGUGGAAGAAAUUUCAGCGCAUUGGAUCAUGGAUACGCGAAUGUUCCCGACGGAUGUGAUCAGAAAGUAAGUCCUCGUUCUUUGGUGGCUUUCCCCGGAAGAUUCAGGAAAUCGAGGACUCACAUUUCUUCAAUGAAGAGUUUGCAGCCAGUGAAAGGCCAUGUGAAGGGGAGAAAAAAAGGCAAUGAGGCGAUUUCUAGCGAUAAGCUCGAUAAAUGGAUGAAGGAAUCGGUGGUGGAAAUUGUGAAGAAUCUUCGAGAAGCGCCUCUGUUUUUGCGGUGGUACACGACGGAGGACGGCAAGGGAGCGAGAUUGGAGACGGAGAAGGCAGUGGAGGAAGAUCGUUGGAGAACGUUGGAGGAACAGUGGAAGAACGGAGAGGCGCGGACGCCGGAAGGAAUCAUAUUCGUUCAAGAGCUUGAAGAUGAGGAUUACGAGGGGGAAUCGAAGGCGUGGGGGAUUGUAGUACAAGGAAGAUGCGUUGAACGUGGUGCGCCGGUUUGUUACUUGUUGAAGACGAGUAGUAGUAGGGGAGGGGUAGGUCUGUGGUGCACGCAUUUCUGUCUGGUUAGGGUUAAGAACUUCAGAGAGACGACGAAAUCGCAGCUGAAGAAUUGUUGGUUGCUGCAGAAUCAGUGAAAUUGGCAACUUAGAAAAUAUUUUAAUAUCUUUAGAAAACAAUUUUAUUUGAUUUUUUUUUUUAAAAAAAAUAUAUGAAAAUGUCUUCUCUCCGGACGUAACGAUAACAGAGAAUAUAUACAUUUUCAGACGUUGUUCCGGUGGCC